GCCACCGAUGCAAUCAAGCCUUUGUGAUAGAAUUCGUUGACUUCGAAGAAGAAGAACCCGUGAUCGAUGAUCACGAAGAGAAUGAGAUCGAGGACGCGGUGUUCGAGGAAGAGGUUGAGAUCUCGAUGCAUGCAAUGGCUGGUACUCGAGGACCGAGGACGAUGCGGCUAUCAGCGUUGGUCAAGGACCAUCGUGUAGUCGUGCUCGUGGACAAUGGGUCCAAGAAGGAAAAAAUAGUUUAUGAUGGAAAAGGAGAUCUGCUGACCUUCCAAUUUCAGCUUGGGAUGAGAUUUGAAACCAUUGGGCAAUGUAGGAAGGCAGUUCAGAAUUAUGCAAUUUAUAAUGGCUGCAACAUAAGUUUUGUCAGAAGUAGUUCAUGUCAGAUUGAAGCUAGGUGUGAAGUUGGUUGUCCAUGGAGGCUUUAUGCUAGUCUGAUAAAAGGUGAAGGUAGUGUGGCUGUGAAGACCUUUGUUAGUAGCCACAGCUGCCAUAGGGAUUUGAACACUAAACAAGCAACUGAUUCUUGGGUUGCUGGGGAAUAUCUACCUAUGAUUAGAAAGAAGCCUAAGAUGAAAAUUUUUGACUUAGAGGAUUCUAUCAGUGAAAAAUAUGGUGUGCAACCCUCUAGGAAGAAACUGUACAAAGCAAAAACUAAGGCUCUUAAACUGCUUAGAGGUACAGAGGAGGAGCACUAUGGAAAACUUAGGAGGUACAUUGCAGAGCUUCAAAGGGUUGAUAGAAAUGGCAUAUUUCAGCUGAAAUUGAAGAGUGGCAGUGUAUUCAAAUGUUUUUAUGUUGGUUUUAGUGCACUAAGACAAGGUUUCUUGCAAGGCUGUAGGCCAAUUAUUGGCCUUGAUGGGGCUUUCUUGAAGACCUUCUUAGGAGGUGUAUUAUUGUGUGCUGUUGGCAAGGAUGGGAACAACCAGAUAUUUCCUUUGGCAUGGGCAGUUGUGGAUUCUGAGAAUGAGAGCAAUGGGAAAUGGUUUCUAGACAUACUUUUUCAAGAUUUGGGGAUAUCAGAUGUACUUGGAUGGACAUUUAUCAGUGAUCAGCAAAAG